CUGUUAAGAUAUCUGAGACCGCGCAACAAGGAUCCCUGGGAAACGGAGACCGCACCCUGGGAAAAGGAGACCGCACCAAGGAUCCCUGGGAAACGGAGACCGCACCAAGGAUCCCUGGGAAAUGGAGACCGCACCCUGGGAAACGGAGACCACACCAAGGAUCCCUGGGAAACGGAGACCGCGCACCAAUGAACCCUGGGAAAUGGAGACCGCACCAAGGAUCCCUGGGAAACGGAGACCGCACCAAGGUUUCCAGGGAAACGGAAACCGCAGCCAAGGAUCCCUGGGAAACGGAGACCGCAGCCAAGGAUCCCUGA